UUUAGACAAUGACUUUAGUCUUAAAAUUUUAAUUUUAAAAGAAAUUACGCGUAUAAUUUUUUACUGAAAUACGAGAUAUAAAUUUUUUUAGUGGUUAUAAUAACUUAAUUCAAAAAUAAUAAUGGUUAAAGAUUUUAACUUAACCUAUUGUAGUGUUUAUUUGUAUAUGUUUAUAAUUUGGUACGGAACAGAAGUGCAUUCAAUAUCACGAAACUACACUACACGGACACGGACUAUACCGUCCAACUAUAAAUUCAGAACGAAUAAUGCCGUUGAUGUAACUACAACACCUUCCAAAGUAUCAGGUAAAUGGCAAGUAGGAAGAGUCAGUCGAAAACAGUACGAAAUAAUUAAUAUGUUACAUCGAAAAAUGAUAACAUUUCUUGAAACAGAAAGCACUUCUGCUGCUAUUCAUAACUCCAACAAUUUGUCUAAAAUUAGGGGGCAGUUCAGUAAAAACAAAUUGCAAGUUACUGUACCCCCUCAGAAACCACUACAAGAGUCUUUUGAAGCUGUGCAUCCUCGGCCAAAUGAUAGACCAUCGACUCCUAGUUACAUUGAAUUUUACUAUUUAGACGAAUCUGAUGACAGAGCAAAUCGAAAAAGUUCGAUACCAAAGAACUCUCGGUUUGAACUUCAAAGCGAUGAAUAUAAAGCUGCAUUGCUACGUCCACCGUUCUUCCUAUUUAGAGUGAAUGAUGAAACAUGUAAACCUACAACGUUACAAUACAUGCAAUCAUCUUAUCAUAAUAAUAAACAUUUCUCGUCGCAUAAUCCUAAAGAAGUAGAAAAAUCGAAAGAAAAGCACUACUUUUAUCAUAAGUUUGCCUCCAAAAAUGAAAAUAAAAUAGAGAUGAAACAUAAAACGAACACAACAGAAGAUAAAAGGUCUUCCUUUUUAUUGGGGGAACGGUUCACACCCUUGGUGUCUAGAACGGCUUACGACCGCAUAAAAUUCUUUGAAAUAUAUGACAGCGAAACAUACAAACCACGUAGGUCGAUAGAUAAUAAAACGAAUAUGAUUAAUAACAAUAAUAUUCAUAGUAAAGAGAAGGUAUUUUUAGAUCACGUUGUUCAUAAUGUUAAUCAUGAUGGCAAUAAUAUAACGCGAUUUGUGAAAAAACAUGCAAAUUAUGAUUUUAAAGAAAAUACAGAUUUUAUUUCUCAAGUCGGUGAGAUUCGUAAAAGUACUUCAAAGACGAAGGAAAUGGCAAGAAAAACUUUUACUGAGUUAAGCCGACCAGCUAACUGGUCGGACUUUCCGUUCGUUGCUGUUUAUAUUUAUGAGCCAAUGCAGAUAAGAUGUGAAUCAGCUUCGAUUAGUCCCCACUGGCUAGUAGCUUCUGCAACUUGUCUAUAUCGUCAAUACAGGAAUCGUAAUAAUGUUAUAGAAGGAAGAUCAGCUUACGUAGCAUACUGUGGCAAUAGCUGGAGACUGCCUGCACGAAUAGCUUACGUCAAACGAAGUUUUGUUCAUCCACGAUUUCAAGCGAAGGAUAAAACUCGGAGAUAUUUAUACAAUAUCGGCGUAAUUCAAGUGAUUAACUCGAUGGCAAACACAUGCAGUGGAUGGCGGCCGACGUCAUUGAUGUCUCAUCAGUUUGUGGCUGAACGGGGCGGCGCCUUCGCAACUGCUGUAGGCUGGGGUCUAGAUAGGUAUGAUACGAUACAUAGCUCGUCUGAUUCACCAUCAAAUCCACUAAUGGUGUACGAAGGUCUUGUGUACUCGGAUUCCUGUCCUGGAUAUGCUGAUCACGGCAAGAUGAAGAUGCUUAAUGGAGAGAGCGUGAAAAAUUUAUAUUGUUUGUCUUUGCCAGCGUAUACUUUGGAAAAAAACGAUACUGUCCACGGAGGUUUACUACUAAUUGGAGGAAAAUUAAUAGCAUUAUAUUUGCAGGAGGAGCAUCGUCCUUGGGGUGUCCAGUCAGCCCUAUAUACAGGAAUUUGGCGACACAUUUCAUGGUUGUUAGAUGUUGCACGCGAAGAAGAUCUGGAGACAUUUGCGAUAGAUAUGUAAAAAGUAAAAAUACUUAAUACGUACUAAAUAAACAGAAAAAUAUAAUAUGACUGUCCACGUACUAAGCGCAAGCCACAUUGUUGGGAGCGAAGCGAAACAAAAGUUCGUUUCGCUCAUGUCGCUACCGCGUCUUUUCAUACUUCAGAUCAAAGACUACAAUAUGCUUCAGAUCACACCGCCGCGCCUCCGAACUAAACUAAGCGAAGUGCCGCCCCUCGCACGGGGGUGAAGAGAGGGCUCUGCUCAUAAUUAUCUCUCUGGUAUUGUUGCUUUAUUGGUCUUGAGCGUAACUCUAUAAGUAAAUCUGGAAAAUCCCUUUCAGACAGCUCCCGAAACAAUGCAUAAUAUUCUCCAUGAUAUGCUGUUGUAGCCUUAACCUGCGACUACUUUUAUUUUUGAGAUAAUUAAGCAAAAUAUAUA